CCGGGGAAGUCACCAAUGGACUGUGGACACUUGGCUGAGAGCAGCGAGGAGAUCUCCGGCCCGGGCACAGAGCCCGAUUCCCUGCUGCCUUCUGCCGCCGGCAGCAAUUCCUGCCCGCCUUCAGCAGCCGGGCAGCGGGCUGGGGCACCUCCUGGCAGACCCGCCGCCGCUAACGCCGCUCGAGAGCGCAGCCGGGUUCAAACCCUGCGCCAUGCCUUCCUCGAGCUGCAGAAGACUCUCCCCUCUGUGCCGCCCGACACCAAGCUCUCCAAGCUGGAUGUACUCCUCCUGGCCACCACCUAUAUCGCACACCUCACUCGCAGCCUUCAGGAUGAGGAAGAGUCACCGGGAGAGGGCUUGGGUACCCUCCGAGGGGAUGGAUACCUCCACCCUGUCAAGAAGUGGCCAAUGCGUUCCAGGUUAUACAUUGGAGCUACAGGACAGUUUUUGACUCACUCGGCACAAGGAGACGGUGGUGCAAACCAAGGAGAAACAUCAACAACUUCACAAAUCUAA